GAUGAUCCUAUGUUUUAUGUCUGCAGGUUCUCAGAAGCAGAAGAAGAGUGAUGAACUCCGAAUUAUUUUGGUGGGAAAAACAGGAGGAGGGAAGAGUGCUACAGGAAACAGCAUCUUAGGAAGAAAAGUUUUUCAGUCUGAACUGUCCCCAACGUCCUGGACAUCGGAGUGCAAGAGAGCUCAGGGAGUUGUGGAAGGUCGAAAGGCGACCAUCAUUGACACUCCGGGGCUGUUUGACACUAGUGCGACUGAAGAAGAAGUGUUAAAAAAAAUUAAAACAUCUAUUUCUCUGUCUGCUCCUGGCCCUCAUGCCUUCCUGAUGGUCCUAAAGCUUGGUAGGUUCACCCAAGACGAGGAAGACACUAUGAAGAUGAUUCAAAGUACUUUUGGGAAAGAGGCAGCCAAAUACUCACUGGUUCUGUUCACACAUGGAGACAAACUAAAGACACAAACUAUUGAAAAAUUCAUCUCAAAAAAUGAACGACUUCAAGAGCUCAUUGAAGGUGUCUACGGCAGAUAUCAUGUCUUCAACAACGAAGCGGGAGACCCAGAACAAAUCAGGCAGCUUCUAGAGAAAAUCGACAGAAUGACUGUGGAGAAUUGUGGGGGUCACUACACGGUAAACAUGUUGAAAAAGGCAAAGAAGGCCUCAAAGAAAGAGAAACAGAGACUUGCAAGAACGAAAGGAUGA